CCGACUCGGCCCGAACCUCUCCGAGCGCCUUCGGGUAUCUUCGGCGGUCAAAAAGAGGAGGGAGCCGAGUGUGCGUGCGCGGUGCAUUGUGGGGCGGCAAGGAGCCGAGUCACCGCUGGGUUAGGGCCGCCAUCUUGUCUCCGUCCGGAUUCGCUGCCGCCUCCGGGGCCUGCUCCUUCUCCUCAGUGAGCCGGGCGGGGGAGAGGCCCAGCCAGGCUGAUGCGCGCGUCCCCUCGCGCCUCUCUCAGGUGCCGCUAGCGUCCAGGCUUCGGGCGGGGCGGCCGCGGCCGGGGGGCUCCGCCAUGGGUCGGUCCCGCAGCCGGAGCUCGUCCCGCUCCAAGCACACCAAGAGCUCCAAGCACACCAAGAAGAACCGGAGCCGCUCGCGGUCCCGCUCCCGGGAGAAGGAGCGGGCGCGCAAGCGCUCCAAGUCCCGGGAGACCAAGCGGAACCGGCGCCGCGAGUCCCGCUCCCGGUCCCGCUCCAACACGGCCCCCUCGUCCCGCCGGGAGCGCGAGCGGGAGCGCGCCUCGUCCCCCCCGGACCGCAUCGACAUCUUCGGGCGCACGGUGAGCAAGCGCAGCAGCCUGGACGAGAAGCAGAAGCGGGAGGAGGAGGAGAAAAAAGCGGAGUUCGAGCGGCAGCGGAAAAUACGCCAACAAGAAAUUGAAGAGAAACUCAUAGAGGAAGAGACAGCCCGAAGAGUGGAAGAACUUGUGGCUAAGCGUGUAGAGGAAGAGCUGGAGAAACGGAAGGAUGAGAUUGAGCGAGAGGUUCUCCGCAGGGUGGAGGAGGCUAAGCGCAUCAUGGAAAAACAGUUGCUCGAAGAACUCGAGCGACAGCGACAAGCUGAACUUGCGGCACAGAAAGCCAGAGAGAGGAAGCUGGCGCGUAUGGCAGCCGAGGAGCACACUCUGCAGGACACUGGACAAGACAGAGGAAGAGCGUGCAAAACGUGAGGAACUAGAGCGAAUAUUAGAAGAGAAUAAUCGAAAAAUUGCAGAAGCACAAGCUAAACUGGCUGAAGAACAAUUGAAAAUUGUUGAAGAACAAAGAAAGAUUCAUGAGGAGAGGAUGAAACUAGAACAAGAGAGGCAACGUCAGCAAAAGGAAGAGCAAAAAAUGAUCCUGGGCAAGGGAAAGUCUAGGCCAAAACUG